AUGCCCAGCGAGAGCUGUGGUUUUCACGAAAGUGAUUCAAAAGAUAACCUGAAAUACUCAAGAUCGGAUUUGAAUGAGCAAUCAGAAAUAAAUGAAAAUCAACUAUUCCAAAACAAUUCAAUCGAAAAUUUAUUCGAUAUGCCGAUCCUUAGGAAGGAGCUGACCGAAAUAUUGUCAUUCUCUGCUCUCGUCCCCUCACUUAAACCGUCAUGUGUAUAUAGACAACUAGAUGACCAAGUUUCACCAGAAUCAAACGUCCCAAUCUUAGUCAAGCGCUACUUUGAUGAAUUUGGAUUUCGAAUAGAUGAUCUAGAAAACCUUCCGUGCCCAUUCGUCGAAUCAUCUGCCAAUAGACGUGCUUGGUUGACCUGCUUGGAAUUCUCUCAUACUCAUACACUGGGUAUAUCGAGUCUAGACGAAUAUGAUGCCAGAUAUAGUUCAGUUGGAUCUACUGUCGAUGAAGAUGAUGAUCAAUUAUGGUCAAGAGUAAACUUACGUUUAGUUCAGUCACCCAGACUAACAGAACUUAUUCGAGGACAAGCCUUAGAUGUAGAAGCCCUUGCUAAAUCUGGUGAACAACUUGGGAUUCCUCAUUCUCUUCGACCUCAUGUAUGGCCUAGACUAACAGGAGCCUUAUUAAAAGCAAAAGAAUCUAAACAACGAAUACCUUCGAUCACGUAUACUGAAUUAGUUCAACUCAGCUCUACAGACACACUUUUGGCCGGAAUUCAGAUUGAAAAGGAUCUUUUCCGUACAAUGCCAAAUAAUCUAUGUUUCCAUUCUUCAAAUUCUACUGGUAUUUCGCGACUGCGUCGAGUUCUGCGUGCCCUAGCUUGGUUGUAUGUAGACGUAGGAUAUUGUCAAGGCAUGGGAUUAAUAGUUGCAAAUCUAUUAUUAUGCCUAGAAGAAGAAACAGCCUUUUGGAUGAUGUGCAGUAUUAUUGAGGACCUUCUACCACCCUCAUAUUUCUCGUCACUUAGUUUAUUGGGUGUACAAGCUGACCAACUUGUACUGAAUCAUCUACUUCCAUUCUAUCUACCAGAAUUAGAUGCACAUUUAAAAGAAUAUGAAAUAAGCCUACCGCUUAUUACGUUACAAUGGUUUCUCACGCUGUAUUCAAGUGUAUGUCCUACAGCCUUAACAUUUCGAAUAUGGGAUUUAUUAUUUUAUGAUGGUUCAGUCGUUCUAUUUCGCAUCGCCCUUGCACUGUUAUCCUACAAAAACGAGGAAAUUUUGAGUUUGAACAAUUCAUCUCAGAUAUUCCACUCACUUUCUAAUGCACCAGGGUCAGUAACUGAUAUAAAUAAAUUGAUCAAGGCUGCCUACAGUCUAGAUGAUGAACAUUUGGAACCAUCAAAUAUCAGUAGUCUUAGACGUCAUUAUUUAGCUCAACUUAUGGUUGAUGAAGGCGCUGUACUGAAACCAGAUUCUCGUCCUAAUUUACCUAAACAAUAUCUAGCUAAACGACAAUUUCAACGACCCAAAUCUUUAUUCACUACAUUAUUUCCAUCUGUAGCGUCAAAUGGACAAUCAUAUCGUCGAAUUACUGGCAUGGCUGUGCCAUUUCAAUAUUCUAUUGGUAAUAAUGAUUUGUCACCGUCAUCAUCAUCUAUGCAUUGUAAGCCUGCAUAUGUAAGUGUUAGCUUACAUGAAGGUAGCGUUGAGGCGGACGACCCAAAAUUGAAGAAUGUGCAUCAAACAGAAAUACUUGUGGAAUUAAAACAAUCAAUUCAGUUGAUUGUACGUCACUUUCGUACAAGUGAUCCUGAACAACACGGUGACGCUACCGCACAUGCAGAUUAUUCAAUGGAAAGUCACAAAUUAGACCUCGAUUCUUAUGUACAAAUUGUGCAACAUCGUAGACGACGUGCCAAAGCAUUGAUCGAUUUUGAACGCUUUGAAGUAGAUGAACUGGAAUUUCAUAAAAAUGAUAUCUUAACCAUUAUUAACUCAGAUGACGAACAUUGUUGGAUCGGUGAACUGAACGGUCAGCGAGGUUGGUUUCCUGCCAAGUUUGUUGAAUUGUUAGAUGAACGUGGAAAAAAUUAUUCUCCAGCUGGUGAUGAUGGUGUAGACAGAUUAAUUAUUGGCCUUGUUCGCGGAAGUUUGUGCCAUUCACUUGGAGCUGUAUUUUCACAUGGAUUAAAGCGACCACGUCUACUCGGUGAUACUGGUUGUCAUCCAUGGCAUUUUAUUGAAGAAGCUGCGGCUAAAGAAGUAGAAAGAGAUUUCUCUUCUGUUUACUCACGUUUAGUAUUAUGCAAAACCUUCCGAUUGGACGAAGAAGGCAAAGUCCUCAGUCCGGAAGAAGUAUUAUAUAGAACAAUACAUAGUAUAAACAUGUCACACGAUUUGGCUAAUGCUCAUAGGGAUAUCAAAUUUCGUUCCUUGAUCUGCUCAGGUUUAAACGAACAACUUUUACAUUUAUGGUUCGAAAUUCUUUGUUCAUCAGUUAAAGUAGUUAGUAAAUGGUAUCAUCCUUGGUCAUAUCUUCGCAGUCCUGGUUGGGUUCAAAUAAAAUGUGAAUUACGUGUUCUUAGUCAAUUCGCGUUUCAUUUAUCACCAACAUACGAAUUAAACAAUCUUCAAAAUCUUAAUCAUAUUCGACAAAAUGGUUUUACGGCUUCUAAAUUAUUUGCUUUAUCAUCGGAGAGUUUGCCGCGUCGUACCAAUAAAUCCAGCUCAAAGAUAAUAUCUACGAUGGGUAAUGCAUUAGACUUGCAUAAAGUCAAACCUUUACAACGUUUAAUGACUGCUUCAUCUGUUGUCGAUCCAAUGAAUGACCCACCAUGUCUGUCUUUAUCAUCAAUUCUAAUACCGAAUGAUGAGAAUUUGAGUGAAAUAGAUAGUAACAUGACAACAGCUGCAACAGAGACGACCGGAGACAUGCUAGUCAAGUAUCAUCUCUUCAGCUGGGAAUUGUGACAAACGUCUUAAUACCAGCUGACUAUUUCACUCCUUGUUGUUGUUUUGCUUCAUGACUUCUCACUAGUACUCAGAAGUAGGUCUUGAACAAGACCAAUUUUUCUGUGAUCCCUUUUCUAAUUUUUUUGUUUACUGUUGUUUAUCAUGCUCCUUUUAUUUCUUUGUGACUCCAAGUUUUAUUAUUUUAAACUGCGAUGAACGAAUUCAUGAUUGACUAUAUUCUUAGUGUAUUUCGUUUGUUUAAACUUCCAUGAUAUCCUCUCUUUAA